AUGCCGUCCAACUCCUCCGGGCGCAUCGCCAAGGUGCGAAAGAACAAGAAUCUGACACCGCACCAGAAGAAUCAUCGAUGGGAGUCUUUCAGCACCAAAAUCUCCAAGUUCAGUUCCCUGCAACCGUUGCGAAAAGUUCGACGCCAUGACCUCGAGACCGAAGACCUUUCGACAUCGACGUCGUACUUCCAGACUGGGCUGCAGAAAUGGGGAGAGCUCAAUGUCUCGAAGCCCUUCUCCGCCUUCAAGACAAAGGUGUAUCCGCUGUGCGAGAGCCUCCCUCAGCUCCUGCACUUCGAGCAGCGGAUAAUGGACCUUUUGGCCGAUUUCAUCUCAGGCCAAGACAAGGAAGCUCUGGAGCCUCUUCUGGAUCUUCUUACAGCAUUUUCACACGACCUGGGAGUCCGAUUCGAGAAACAUUAUGGGAGGAGUUUGGAUUUGAUGGUGGCAAUCGCCGCCAAACCUCAGCCUGUCGAGGUCAUUGAGUGGACAUUUGGCUCCCUCGCCUUUUUAUUCAAAUACCUCUCCAAGUUGCUCGUCCCGGACCUGCGACCGACAUUCAAGGUCAUGGCACCUCUACUCGGAAAGUCGCGACAUCCUCCUCAUAUCGCCCGAUUCGCCGCUGAAGCCUUGAGCUUCCUGGUAAAGAAGGCCGCCGCGCCGUCGCACCGUGAAACGGCUCUCAAGCGCCUGGUUGAAUGUGCGCGGGACGAUCUCAUCAGCAUCAAGUCUGACCGCCAGUUCACCCUCUACAAGGACGGAUUGAUGACCAUGUUCGCCGAGGCCAUCAAGGGUACAGACAACAUCAUCCACUCGACUGGUCCAACAAUUUUUGCCGCUUUGGUCGAUGCUAUCCCUGAGGAGGAGCGCAGCCUUGCAGAGGAGACUAUUUGGACUGAUGUCGUCUGUGGUGUGUUGACCAGCGUGAUUCACCAUGCGACUGUCGACACUUUUGGAGAGUUCGCCGAGGGAGUUCAUCAGUCGAUUCAAGCCAACAUAGAGCGCGUUUCCGCGGCUGAUCGUCAGUGGCAAGCAAUUCCUCUACUCAGGAUCUACGGCACCCUGGCUGGAGUUCGAAAGGGAUAUCGACUGAGCGACUGGGCUCCUCUUAUCCGCAACUUUGUCGAAAUGCUGUCGAAUGUUACUAAAGCGGCGCUCGAAGUGCCAAAGGAUGCCGAGAGUGUUGUGUGGAAGUCUGUUAUUGUCAACAUCGCCAUUGUAUGGCAUCACGCGCCGAUCGACGCAUUAAUACCCCAUAUUGUUUCUCUUACUCAAUCCCUGAGCCGGGAGCCGUUCAUGAAAUGGUUCAUCCCUUUCUGCUCAUACUUUUGCGAGCUGGAUGCUCAACGUUUCGGAAGUCUGUUCCGGAAUGAUUUCCAGAAGUUUAUUGCCAACCACUGGUCUGAAGGCCCUAAUGAGGACAUGCUAUGUGUCUUGUUGCCCAAGAUGAUCGAGAACCGCGCUUUUCCGCCCGCGGGCGAAAAGGACAGCUGCCGGAUGCCGCAAGCCUGGCAGGACCAGAUCGUUUCCAAGUUUGAGCGCUUGGAGAUCUCGCCUUUCCCUGAGAGGGGACCUUACAACAAGGAUCCUCAGGUCUGGAGGGACAGGUGUCUGCCAAAGUACUCUGCUCUGCUCCGAAUUCUGGAGCUGACCACAGUUCAUCCGUCCACAAACGCUCGCAUCGCCGAACUUUUACUCCGAAAACUCAAGUUGGCUCUGCGACCUUCCUCCUCUCUUGCAUCUGAUGAGGUUCACUUUAUUGUUGGCCAAGGAUUCCAUGCCUACCUUCGUAUGAGCAAGGCUGCCGGGUCUGUCGACAUUGCCUUAAGCCCUUUGCUGCGAGCUGCUGUACCACGCUUCGCACAGUCUAUUGGCUUCCUCCACGCCUAUCUUGCCUAUGAGGAGAUUCUUCGAAGCAAAGAGACGACUGAGAGACAAAGCAGCACAAGCAGUGAGGGUUCGACAAGCGAAGAAGAUCCAGUCAUCAAGUCAUUGAUUGAGAACCUGAGCUCUCCGUCUCACGAAAUUCGCCUGGCAUCUUUGGAGCUGCUCAAGACACUCAACCCGGUUACAGAUACCUUCAACAGCGUUGACACUAUGAUCGAAGUUGAGCAGACUCCCCUGGGCCUCGCACACACAAGAACAAUUGCUAUGCACCUUCGCAAGCUGGGUCAGAAUUACGCGUCAUUUGAGGACAAGUCGUGGCUGCAGCAAGCAGUUCCGUCUUUCCUUUACGGUAUGCUGACAGUCAAGCUCUCGCCCGUCUGGGAUGAUUCCGUGGAGACAAUGAAACAAAUCACCCAAACCAAGGCUGGAGAGGAAGCAGUCUGCGAGGUUGCUUUCCGCUGGCUCAAGGUUCCUUCGGCUCGCUGGGGCCCUUCACAAUCAGAAACCCACUCUUCGGGUCCAACUUUUGUUUCCGACUUUGAAUGCACCGCAGUUCGCCGGCUUGGAGAAGUUGCCGAUGAGGUGGAAGAGGCCAUUGACCGCCCAGAUGACUUGAUGCUGCAAAGUUUCGACGAGAAGCAACGGACAGCAGAGGUUGCGGCUGGUAACUCUAGAUCCCGCGCGCUCAAAGUGUUCAACGCGAUCCCUGCUAUUGCAGAGAGAAGGUCUCGUCAACUUGUUCCACACUUUCUCGCAUGGGCGCGCGACGACGACCGAACCCCUGACUCGGCUGAUGAGCAAGACACCUCUGAAGGCGCUACCUGGUCUCUCGCGGAUCGCAAAGCCAUGGUUGGCGUAUUUUCGCAGUUCAUCAACCCUCGAGUCCUGUACCAGCACGAAGAAGUCUAUGCUGCACUUCUUCAGCUGAUGGAGAAUGGUGAUGUUGAAGUUCAGAAGGUCACUCUCAAGGCUAUCCUUGCGUGGAAGCAAGAAGCCAUCAAGACCUACCAAGAAAACCUCGAGUUUCUCCUUGACGAAGCUCGGUUCAAGAACGAGCUUACUGUCUUCCUUCAGGAUGACAGUGCCAUCAAGGCGGAACACCGAUCCGAGUUGAUGCCUGUCCUCCUUCGAUUGCUCUAUGGUCGAACCAUCUCCAAGAAGGGCGCGGCGAGUGGUCGCCACGGACUUCACGCAACCAGGCUUGCUGUCUUGCGAAAUCUCAGCGUUGAGGAUAUGGGCAGCUUUUUGGACAUCGCCACCGGAAAGCUGAAGGAUGUCAAGGUUGUCGGCGCAUCCAAGAAGAUAUUUGACGAACCCCUGCUCCCUGUUCGAAAGCAAAUGGGCUUCCUCAACAUGAUUUCCUCUGUCAUCUCCGAGCUUGGAAACAACGCAACGCCCUAUGUCGAAACCCUCCUCAAUGCAGUUCUUUACUGCCUUGUUUUCGCCUGUCGACAACUGAGCGGACACGGCGCGGAUCCGGAAAACCCCCCUGACGAGGAGGAGGAGGAGAAGGCCAGCACACAUUCUCUUCUCAGAGUGAUCCGCUCGACUGGUCUGAAAUGUCUGAAUGCGCUCUUCCAAAACGCACAGUCUUUCCAGUGGGCGCCGUAUCAAGACAUCAUCAUUGAAGAGGUUGUUGUUCCAAGACUUGACAAUCUACCUGUCGAGACGACUCAGGGAGUGUCGGGCAUGCUGCAGCUCUUCUCGACCUGGUCAGUUCUUCCUCGUGUCGCUCUCUUCCUCGCGCCACACGACAAGGUUCUUCCGGAUGGAGUUCUUCCCAAGGUCAUUGAGACCCUCUCAACCAAAGGCAAGGACGAGGUCAAGAUUCAUGUGCUAGCAAUCAUUCGCAACCUAGUGAAGCUUGCCACCGCGCCCGCUCAAGAGUCGGAGUACAACGAGGUUAUCAAAGCCGAGCUCCUUGACACGAAUGCUGCAGCGAUCCUAGCCCAGAUCACAACCGUUCUGGAUAUGUCAGGCCUCAGCAAUGACCUGUUAGAAGCUUGUGUGGAGACCAUCUUGUCUUUGGCGCCGAUUGUUCAGGAUCCCCAGGACAUUCAGUCUGUGAUCAAGAUUUCCAUCUUCCUCCUGAACCAACCCCCGCGACGAGUCAGCCCUAAGCUCAAGGGUAGAAUCCUCCUCAUUGUUGAACAAUACGUCACACGUUCCAAUGCCGUUAAGGACCGAUCACUCCUUGACGACGUAUACGACACUGUUUCAUCUCUCUACAGCUAUUUCAAGGACCAAGAGAACCGACAGUCCCUGUCAAGGGCGUUGCUGGCUCUCGCUGGGAAAGACAAUGAUCUGGUGGAAGUUGCUGGACUCUGCGAAGCCCUCAAUUCGUUCAAAGAGGGUCGGAUCGAGGAGCCAGAUUACGACAAACGUCUCGCCGCCUUCAGUUCCAUUUCAGGUGACCGGGAGGUCCCUCUCACUCCAAAGCAGUGGCUUCCUCUGCUUCACAACCUGAUUUUCCAUAUUCGAGACGACGAAGAGUUUGGAAUUCUCUCAUCAAACUCGGCCGAUGGCAUUCGACGAUUCAUUCGAGAUGUGGCUGCUUGUACAGUUGAUGCGUCAAAGGAGAAGUUCGACACCUACCUGCGAGACGUCAUCCUCCCUGCUCUCUAUGUCGGGGCCCGCGAACCCUCCGACACCGCUCGACGAGAGUAUCUCCGGGUCAUGGGACACCUCAUAAUGACAAUGCCCGAGUGGGAGCCCAUUGCCGACCUCAGCGCCUUGUUGAAUGACAGGACAGAGGAGACUGCAGAGCCAACCUUCUUCUUCAACAUUCUGAGUCCUGCGACCUCGAGGCAAUUGGAGGCUCUUCAGAUUCUCGAGGCUGCCAACAGCCAGAAGGAGAUGGGUAGCCAGAAUCUUGCUCAGUUCUUUAUCCCACUUCUGGAGCAUUUCAUUUUCGGUCGCACUGAUGGAAGUGAUGACCAUGGACUCGGUGCUCAGGCGACCAAUACUAUCGGUAACCUGGCAAAGUCUCUGCACUGGAAGCAUUACCGUACUACCUUCCAGAGGUACAUCGGCUACGUCGAGUCAAAGCCCGAUCUUCAGAAACAGACAAUCCGUCUCCUGGGCAAGUUUUCUGAUGCCCUCAUUGCUGCAUCUGAGGAGAUUCCAGAGGAACGCAUGGAAGUGGACCAAGUCGAUGCCUCGUCAUCCACCAGCACAAGGCUUCCUCUCACGAUUCCAAAGUCAGAGAAGCUGCAUGCCGAGGUAGAAAACUCCUUCCUGCCCACGCUCAUCAAGCAUCUUCAUCUGAAGGAUGAGUCAGAGGUCAGUUACCGUGUCCCUGUUGGUGUGGUCAUCAUCAGGCUCCUGAAACUCCUACCUUCGGAGCAAAUGGAUCAGAAGUUGGCCGGUGUCUUGACGGAUAUCAGCCACAUUCUUCGAAGUAAAUCUGUGGAGGCUCGAGACAUGGCUCGAGAUACCCUGGUCAAGAUUGCUGUCAACCUUGGCCCCUCAUUCUUUGGCUUCAUUCUCAGGGAACUUCGAGGAGCUCUCACCAGAGGAUACCAGCUUCAUGUGCUCUCGUACACGAUGCACUCGAUCUUGGUUGCAGUCAUCCCUGGCUACUCUCCUGGUGACUUGGACUACUGCCUUCCAACCAUCGUGAUGGUUAUUAUGGACGACAUCUUCGGCGUGAUCGGACAGGAGAAGGAUGCCGAAGGAUACACCAGCCAGACAAAGGAGAUCAAGAGCAGCAAGAGUCAGGACUCGAUGGAGCUGGUUGCCAAGAAUGCGUCCGUCAACCAGCUCAUUGAGCUUGUCAGGCCUCUGCGAGCCCUCCUGAUGCAAAAGGUUGACCUCAAGAUGAUUCGCAAGAUUGAUGCUCUCAUGACGCGUAUUACUGCCGGUCUCCUUCAAAACCCAGCUGCCGAAAGCCGCGACACUCUGGUCUUCUGCUACGAGGUCAUUCAAGACGUCUACAACUCACAGAAGCCCGAAGUUGAAGAGAAGAUCGAUCCGCGGGUCAAGAAGUACUUGGUCCAGAAGGGUGCCAAGAAGAGCGGCGAGCGAGGUAGGACAACCAAGAACACCUACAAGCUCAUUCGCUUCGCCGUCGACAUUCUUCGGGCCAUCUUGAAGAAGCACGACAGCCUGAGGAAUGCUGCCAACAUCUCUGGCUUUGUCCCUAUUCUGGGUGAUGCCUUUGUGGGCGGCGAGGAUGAGGUGAAGAUCUCAGCCUUCAGACUACUGGCUGUCAUCGUCAAGGUGCCAUUCCCUGAUGACCAGGCCGAUAAGCUCUACAAGGUUGCUGUCAAGGAAGCAACAAAGGGUAUCUCGAUGGCGGUCUCUACCACGACUGACCUGUCUCAAGCAGCGCUCAAGAUGCUGGCUGUUGUCCUUCGAGACCGCCGAGAUGUGCCGGUCAAGGACGCGGCAAUCGACAUGCUGCUUGCCAAGCUUAAGGAUGAUCUGACGGAGCCCCUGUAUCGACACGUCACAUUCAACUUUUUGCGAUCGGUUCUGGACCGACAUAUCGAAACCGCAGCCAUCUACGACACUAUGGACUAUGUCGGAACAGUCAUGAUCACCAACGACGACAAGGAUACUCGUGAUCUGGCACGAGGCGCCUUCUUCCAGUUCAUUCGAGAGUACCCUCAGAAGAAGGCCCGUUGGGCCAAGCAGCUCAACUUUAUCGUCGCCAAUCUCAAGUACGACCGAGAAGGUGGUCGUCUGUCUGUCAUGGAGAUUGUCCACCUGUUGCUCAUGAAGUCUUCCGAUGACUUCGUCCAGGAGGUUGCCGCCACUUGUUUCCUCCCGCUAUUCUUUGUCCUUGCCAACGAUGACAGCGAGAAGUGUCGACUUGCAGCGGGUGAGCUGCUAAAGGAGAUCUUCCGCAAGGCUGACAAGGAGAGGACGCAGACUUUCUUGGGCCUGUUGCGUUCGUGGCUCGACAAGGAUGGGAACGAGGCAGUUAUCAAGCUUGCCCUUCAAGUCUUUGGCUACUACCUCGAAGCCCAUGAAAACGCCUCGAAGAACAAGAAGGACUUCAAGCUUGUUAUUUCCAAGGUCAACGGCGUCAUCGAAGCUGAGGAUAUCCGUGAAGUUGACGGAGAGCUUCUGGAGGCUGCGCUGGGAGUUGUCCGAGCCUCUAUGACCGUGUUCCCCGACAAGAUCCUGGCAAGCAAUAGUGAGGACAUGUGGGCGAACAUUGCCAAGUGUCUCUCUCAUCCUGAUACACCUGUCAAGGUGGCAUCCAUCGGGCUGAUCAGCUCCUUCUUGGCUGAUUUCGCACAGAAGGCUGGUAGCACCCCUAUUGGCGAGGCGGUGGAGGGCAGCUAUGGACUUGAACUUGAUCUGGCAAAGGUACAGGAUCUUGUCAGACAGGCGCUUGGUGUUGUGGCGACUCGUGAUGUGGAUGAGAAACUGGGAGCAGAGGCUGUCCAGGUUCUCGUUUUCCUGGCUCCUCGCCUGCCCGUGCGACCUCCCGUCGAAGAAGAAGAAGAGAGCGAAAGCGAGGAACAGGCAGAGGAACAGGAGGACGCUGAUGAAGUCGAGGAGAAGCAACGAAAGACGGAUCUCCAGCAUCUGUUCUGGAAGCUGUCUCACAUCAUCCGAAGGGAGAUCCCUCCCAGAGCGGUGGCCAUCACGCCCAAGGUUGCUGCUAUGGAGGUUCUUGAGACUGUUUGCCGCAGGUCUCCUUUGGAUCGCCUGCAGCCAUCUCUCAAGACCAUCCUAGUGCCGCUGCACAACCUCACCGACCCCUCGAUUGCGCCGCCAUUCUCGAACGAUGAGCUCUUCAAGACAAAGCACGAGGGCCUCAAGACCAGAGCGCAGAUUCUCAUGGAUGCCCUGCAGAAGAAGUUUGGAACGGCCGAGUACACGAAGCAGCUGCUGGCGAUCAGGGAGGAAGUGAGGGCCAAGAGAGAGCAGCGGUCGAGCAAGAGAAAGAUCGAGGCGCUCGCGCACCCUGAGAAGUAUGGACGGGACAAGCGGAAGAAGUUUGAGAAGAACAAGGAGCGGAAGAAGACGCGAUCCAAGGAGCAAAAGGUGAUGAGGCAGUCGUACAAGCGGUGGUGA